CCUCCAACAGCGCCAUCUAUUUGGCGGGAAUGAAUGUCUUACAGAGCUGUACAUCCUAACUGUUUCUGCUGAUAGUGCACUAAAUGCGUGUUGCAUGAUUGUGUUAGCGGUAUAAAAACAACAACAAUCGUUCCAAGACGCGUUGGAGAUUUUUCUUUUGAAACAUGUCAGCUGUUGAGGUUCUUCAGACUGCCGGGCGCAGCGACUCUCCAGCUAAACCCAAAGACUCGGCAGAUGUACCCGUGGAGGAGGCUAAUGAAGGCCGGGAUCCCAUGGAGACGGAAGACCCACUGCCUAACGUAGAGGAGGAUGUGACGAAGAUUCUUGUAAAGAUGGAGCCCAGGACAGAGAUGGCUGACAGUGGAGGAGACUCAACUGUGAAAACCGAAGAGCUGUCGAUAAAGCCGGAAGAUGUGACGGAGGCACUGUCGAUAAAGCCUGAAAUCAGGGAAGGCGUUGUGACGGAGGAGAUGGUCAAGGAGGAACAAGAGCUCCAGAGUCAGGCGAUAGAGAAAGAGAAGAAACUGGCAGAGGAUCAGGAAAAGCUUUGGAAACAAAUGACGGAUGAAGAUCGUAACCAGCGCUACCAACGUCUGAAGUUCUUGUUGAGCAAAAGCAACAUGUACACACAGUACCUGAUAGAUCGUAUGGACAGACAGACAGAGGAAGAGAAGAAGAAAAAGGAAAGACAGUUGAAGAGGCUGAAGAAAAAGGAGGACAAACUCAAAGAACAACAGACAAAGGAACAGGAGGCGGUGGAAUCCAGCAGUCAGUCCAGUGAUGUUUCAGAGACAUCUACCAGGAGGUCGAGAAAAAGAAAAUCAGACCUGAUGGCUCCAGAACCUGUCAGCUCAACAAAAACCCCUGGGAAAAAAUCCAAGAGAAACACGAAGACGGAGCAAACUACUGCAACACCAAGUGAGGACAAGGAAAACUCUGCAACAAGUGAUAACACUCAAGAAGAACCCUCUGUUAAAGCAGGACAGAAAACAACAGAGACAAGUGAUCGGACCGCGAUUGCAACAACAGAGGAUACCACAGAGAAGGCGGGUCCAGGAAGUUCAACAACGGAGGAAGUGGGGGAAGACAAUGAAGAGGAGCUGCCGAUUCCGCGGAGAAUGAUAGGCGGACAAGAAGCCCUGGCUGGUCAGCCGUUGAUGUUCAGUGGCGGAGUACUUCGGCAGUAUCAGAUGAAUGGAUACAACUGGCUCAAGGUUUUAUUUGAGAACGGUGUCAACGGUAUCCUGGCUGACGAGAUGGGGCUGGGCAAGACAGUGCAGUGCAUUGCUCUCUUAGCUCAUCUGGUUGCCAUGGGCGUGUCCGGCCCCUUCCUUGUUGUGGGCCCUCUAUCCACUGUACCCAAUUGGUAUAGCGAGUUCAAGAGAUUCACACCAAAGGUACCGGUCAUAUUGUAUCAUGGCACCAAAGAUGAAAGGCGGACUCUACGGAAUAAGAUGCGGGUGAAGCAUAAGAUCAAGACGAACGUGGAAGUCCAACCUGUUAUUAUCACUUCCUAUGAGAUAGCCAUGAAUGAUAGGACUUUCAUGCAGCACUUUGACUGGAAGUACCUCAUUGUAGAUGAAGGUCAUCGCUUAAAGAACUCACAUUGUCGACUUAUUAGGGAACUGCGUUUGUACAAAACAACACAUCGACUGCUGCUCACUGGAACGCCAUUGCAGAACAACCUGGCAGAACUCUGGUCUCUGCUCAACUUUCUGUUACCGGAAAUAUUUGACGAUUUAGGAAGUUUUGAAGCCUGGUUUGAUGUUGCGGGUAUUGAAGGAGAUGCUGCUGACGAGAGAAUUGUAGCCGAAGAACAAAAAGGCAACAUCAUCUCCAUGCUGCAUCAGAUUCUGACUCCAUUCAUGUUGCGUCGUCUCAAGUCCGACGUUGAGCUGCUUAUUCCUCCGAAGAGGGAAGUGAUGGUGAUAGCGCCGCUCACCACGAUGCAGAAGGACUACUACUCCAGCAUCGUGGACAAGACCAUCAUGGACAAGAUACAGAUGAAAUAUGAAGAUGCAGCACCAGUGGAGACAGAUGCUAGAGGUCGGCCAAAGAGACGGUCGACGAAGAAUAAGAUCAACUAUAACAUGAUGGUGGAGGACCCAAAGGACGAGGGUCCCAAGAAGAACAAGAAGGCUGCGUACGAGGAGGAUCUGGAGUCCUGGGUACAUACAGUGAUUGAUGCCCAGGAGGAGAGGAGCGCUGCAAACAAGAAGAAAGUCAAGGAGAAGAAGGCGGAGAUCAACAUCAAGAUGCAGAACUCGAUGAUGCAGCUCCGCAAGUGCUGCAGCCACCCCUAUCUCCUGGAGCAUCCUAUAGAUGCAGCCUCAGGUCACCUGAUAGCAGACGAAACCUUGGUCAAAAACUCGGGGAAGAUGCUGAUGCUCGACAGGCUGCUGCCGGAGUUGAAGAGGAGGGGACAUAAGGUGUUGAUAUUCAGUCAGAUGACGAGGAUGUUGAACAUCCUGGAGAGCUACUGUGAGAUACGGAACUAUGAGUACUGCCGACUAGAUGGGUCGCGGUCUGUAGAAGAUCGAGGAGAACAGAUCAAGACCUUCAAUGAGGACCCCAAUGUCUUCUUGUUCCUGGUGAGCACGAGGGCCGGCGGCCUUGGCAUCAACCUGACAGCAGCCGACACUGUCAUCAUUUACGACAGUGACUGGAACCCCCAGUGUGACCUGCAAGCCCAGGACAGAUGCCAUCGCAUCGGUCAGACCCGGCCGGUGCUGGUGUACAGGUUCGUGACUGCCAACACCAUCGACCAGAGGAUUGUAGAACGAGCAGCAGCCAAGAGGAAGCUUGAAAAACUCAUCAUACACAAAGGGAAGUUCAAGACAGGUAUGAACGAGUUCAGCACAAGCCUGAAGCCGAUCAGUGCCCCGGAGCUUCUGGAGUUGUUGAGGUCGCGAGAUCACGAAGCGAUUGUGCAGGGUAGUGAGAAGAAUGUCAUUUCUAAUAAAGAUCUGGAGAAUCUGCUGGACAGAUCGGAUCUCGUCCGAAAGUUUGAAGUGAUGAAAGGCAAGUCAGCGGAUCAGAAGAAAAGGAAGUCCAAAGCUAAAGAUCCUGUGAUGGAAAGCAAGACAUUCAAAGUGUUGGAGACUGAUGAUGGAUAUUACACAAAGCAGGUGGAGGAGACGUCGUCACAGCCGACUGAAGCCCAGAGUGGCGAGACAUGAGCUAGAUUGUGUGUGCAUGUGUGGAUGUAUGACCGACAAGACGAGAGGGCGAGUCAAGCCUCAUCAGUGAUAGACAAGGCCAAGUCCUCCAGAUUUCAUUGGGCUUGGGACUAAUGGUUGUUACCGUCCCUUUCUCCGUGCAAUGACAAACUUGAAACAUCAAUACUUGUGUCCAUAGUUGAUGUUGGUGAUGAGUUCUUUAUGACUUCUUCCACUUCUUCGAUGCAAUGGCAGCAUGAAUCAGUUUGAACAUUUGAAUCAGUGAAUACAAUCCAUGAUGAACUAUGUUUGUUACAGAGGUUUCGUAAGGUGGUAGACAUUGAUACAUUUAUCAGAUAAUCAGUGUGUUUUCUAUCUGUGAUCAAAUGUUUGAGUUGUGUGAAGUAAAAUCACUAUGUGCAUGGAUGGGAAUUUUAUUUUAGGCUUGGAACAGCUUUUUUCUCUUUUUUUCUUUUCAAUUUAUGGGGAAAUUUCUUCUUGAGGAGCCAAGAUAACUUUUCAGCUUAAUUUAUAUUCUUGAAAGCAAGUCUUUCCAGUUAUAUUUUUCAUCGACUUAGACGCCACAAUUUGCUGCGCAGAGUUGUAUCUGUAGUCGUGCCAGAGAUCUAUCAUAGUUUUUAAUCCCGAUUAUGUUUCUAGGUUUGUCAGCAUCAUACCCGUGGUGAUGGCUAAGACCUGCAUCACUUCAGACAGUGCUAGCUAUGGAUUAUCAGUAAUGUAAUACGUGCAGCUGUUUAGCUGGUAGUGUUAAAGGUGCUAUUUAUCCAAGGGUAGUUGUUAUACUCUAUACCAUAUGUUAACAGUUGGGGAUGGUGUUAAUUGAGAUGCGUCUACUGAACGUUGUCCAUGCCGGCGUCAGUCUGCCUCACUGAUACUUAGUGCAUUGUUUGAUAGGCAUUUCUUAGAAGUAGACGGAUGACAAAGUAGACACAAUUUAGGGAUAACAACUUCUUUAGUUCUUUAGUUCUUAGUUCUUUAGUUUACUCUAAUAACAAUGUUUUGGUAUAGCAAGAAAACGUAUAAGGAUCUAUACUGAAAUGUCGCAAUGGUAUCAUAAAGACGUUGUUAUCCCGAGAGAGUGUCUACUUUGGGUACAAAUGCAGUUCAUGUGGUGGUUGUGUUAUAAUAGAUAAACAUGUAUUCUUCAUUGAAGACGAUACGGCCAGAUCAGUUUUCCUUCAGUUCAUCUUCAAGGACAUUAAUUGAUUGUCUUGCAAAAAAUGUCUCCAAGAUAUCUUUCAAAA